AUGAAAAAUAAUAACCAUGAAGAAUCUUUUCAAAGGAAAGAAGAAAUUAUGGUUGAAAUUGCUCAAUUGAUGGGAAAUUAUGACAAUUUAUGUGCUUCACCACACAACCAGAGCACUCCAUCAGAUGAGAUAACUGCCAAUAAUCUCAAAGAGUUAUACUAUUCCAAAAACCUUGUUGAAGGUAUUCUUGAUGAAAAAUCAAUGCCUAAAUUGGAGAAAAUAGGAAUUGGAGAAGAAAGAAUAGAAAAAAUACUUUCUAAUCCUAAUGAUUACUCUCUUGAAGAUAUUCUCAAAUUAGGAAAGAAAGAGUUAAAAGAAGUAUCUGAAGAGUUAAAAGAAAAAUUAUUUGAACUAGCACAACAAAAAAAUGAUGAAAUAAGAAAACAAAAAGAAAAGGAAUUUGUGGAUGAAAUAAGAAAGAAGUUUAAUAUAGAUGAGGAAGGGAAAUCUAACCAAAAAGGAGAGAAAGAAGAAGUUCCUCCCUUAGAAAAAGAUAGUGAUUCUCCAAAUUCUGGAAAAUUAUAUGAAGUGCUUCAUUGUUUUGGAUAUGUACUAAAGUUAUUUAAAUCAAAUAGUGAUAUUUCUUUUUCAAGAAGAAUAAUUAAUAGAUUAGAAAAACAUUGGAAAGACUGGGAACAACCACUCUUAAUUCUUUCAAUGGUACUUCAUCCUUUAUAUAAACAUUUUAAAUUUAAACCAUCAAUACCAAAUUUGUUUUUUGUACACCUUAGUCAAAUGCUUAAAUAUUAUUAUGAAGCAUGGUUCAAUAAAAAACCUAUUUCAAUUUUCAGAAUUUAUGUUGGUCCUGAGUUGGCACAAAUUGCCAUUAGAAUACAUGGGAUCUCUAUUAACUCUGCUUCAGUGGAGAGGAUGUGGUCCAAAACUUGUAGACUUCAUUUAUCAGCACCAAUAGUUAAUAAUUGUGAAACCUAUGAAUCCAAUGAUGAUGAUAUUAGAGAGGUUUGUGAUUAUAGUGAAUAUAAUAGUAGUACUGGAAUAGAUUCCACAUCAGAAGAAAUAGAUAUUCAAUCAGAUGAUGAUGACAAAAUUGAAGUUACAAGAGAAGGAGAACGUUGGAAAUUCUAUCAUAAAUGA